GAUAAGAUCAAUUUGAUUAAAAGCUUUAAAUAUCAAUACUUCUAUUAAAAUAAAAUAAACCCUCUAAUUGGGGUAUAAGGAAAAUCUAAUAGAAGUUGUAUGUGAUAACUUGGUAAAGUUUAAUGAAUUGAAAAUUGCUACUAGGAUUUGGUUAUCCACCAUAGCAACUGACCUAAUAAAGAAUGAUUUGACUUGACAAUUACCAACUGGUUAAUGACCAAAUAAGCCAAUAAUUUUGUGACAACAAAAAAAGGACCAUAAUUUGCUCAGUUAAAAUGGGAGCUCUAUAAGGAUCACAAGCCUAUCAAAAUGCCAACGUUACAUUCUUCAAAAUCUUCAUAUCUGGUAGGUUAGUUAAAGUAGUUGAGCUUAUAAACCAACUUUGGAGCCACCUAUUGUGCUCCCUCCACAAGUUCUCAUCUAUAAAAUUCCAUUCCCUCGUUGUAUUCCUCAUUCCCAACCAUCAAACUCACAAACUCAUUUUCUUCUUUACUCUUGAACACAUUAAAAUCUCUUAACUAUUCAAAUUCCUAACAUAAUUCUACAUGGAGCAUUUUCGGUCUCUCUACCGCCUAACUUUGGUAUUAGCCGUGGUUACUGUCAUGGCUGCACCGGCCUAUGCCCAGAUCACAACGCCGUGUAACAUAUCAAUGGUAACUAGUUCCAUGAGCCCUUGCAUGAGCUUCCUCACAAAUAGCAGUGGCAACGGAACCUCACCCACUGCUGAUUGCUGCAAUUCCAUCAAGUCCCUCACAAGUGGAAGCAAGGACUGUCUAUGUCUUCUUGUCACUGCCAAUGUUCCUUUUCAACUACCAAUCAACAGAACCUUAGCUAUCUCUCUUCCCCGUGCUUGUAACUUGCCCGGUGUUCCACUUCAAUGCAAAACCUCAGGUUCACCACUUCCUGCUCCAGGACCAGCGUCUUUUGGCCCAUCUCUUUCCCCAGCAUCUACUCCAGCUGCUCCAUCUCUUAGUCCUCAAGGUUCUUCUGUACUCCCCUCACCAAUUACACCUUCUCUGCCACCACAGCCUGAAGCAACCACUCCAUCAUCUUCGCCAGUGAAUCCCGAUAUCCCAUCCGCAACACCCGGAAGCGGCCGCUCCAAUCUCACUCCAUCCUCUGCUGGAUCAUUAUCUCACACACUCCUAUCAUCUGCUAUGGUCAUUGUACUUGGACUUACUGUUUCUAAACACUACUAGGUUGCUGUUUUUGACAUCCUACCUAGAUAUUCAUGUAAGAGAUCAAUAGUUUGUUGCAAUAUGUGUGAACCCACAUUGAGGGUGGAUUUGUAUUUUUAUGUAAUAUGUGUUCAUUGAAUAUUAAUUAAAUGUUUUUUACUUUUU